UUGACACUCGAAGCAAAAAAGCAGCCUACUCCGAAAAGGCAACGGUGACGAAACACAGUUGAUAAAGAAGUUCGACACGAGUAUCAUCUUCGUCGCGCAGUGCAUUCGUCGAGCGGGUGUUCAAAAUGAGUGAUUUCCUCAAAUCGGCUAUAAACUAUUUCAAUGCGACACCGUCGAAUGGGUUGGAGAACGAGUUCGUCGGCCAGACGGUGGAAGUGUCCAACGUGAAGUUGCGUAUCAAGCGUGUUAUAGCGGAAGGUGGGUUUGCAUACGUGUUCGUGGCCCAGGAUGUGCAGUCCAACACCGAGUACGCGUUGAAGCGUCUGCUCGGUACGGACAAGGAGGAGUGCAAUAAUAUCAUCCGUGAAAUCAACAUUCACAAGCAGGUGUCCGGCCAUCCAAAUGUGGUAAAGUUUGUCGCGGCCAGCUUUAUCGAUCGGACGCAGAGCAGCAAUUCUCAGCGGCGGGCCGAAUAUCUGCUAGUGUCGGAGCUCUGCAAGGGUGGUUCUUUGUACGACUGUCUAGAGCAGGAUCUUGCCCCGGAAACGGUACUGCGGGUGUUCUACCAGGCGACCAAAGCCGUCGCCCACCUGCACAGUCAACCGAAACCGAUCAACCAUCGGGAUAUAAAGAUUGAAAACUUUCUCAUCGGUAGCGAUGGCCUGCUUAAGCUGUGCGAUUUUGGUUCAGCGUCUACAGACAGCUUUGCACCCGAUGUAACUUGGAACGCGGCGCAGCGAGACACCCUGGAGGAUGCACUAACGCGAUGCACCACCCCCAUGUACAGGGCACCGGAGCAGCUGGACACGUGGGCCAACUAUCCCAUCGGCAUAAAGAUGGACGUGUGGGCGCUCGGCUGCGUCUUGUACUGCCUCUGCUACCGUAAGCAUCCGUUUGAGGACUCGGCAAAGCUGCGCAUUAUUAACGCAAACUACACGAUUCCGAACGAUUCACGGUACGCGUGCUUCAGCGAAAUCAUCCGUGGUUGUCUGCAGGUCGAUCCGAGCAAGCGUUUUGACACGGCAAUGGUACUGGAGCGGUUGGCAGCGAUCGCGGAAACGAAAGGGUGGCCCUUGAAAUCACCUUUGGGUCUGUUGGGUAAACCACUGAACUCGCCACCGUCGGGAAUGACUCCGGCGCCUAGUCCGAUACAUACGCGUUCGAACGGUGCUGGUGCGGUCCCGGAGAGACCGGCUCCACCACGUCCCGUCAUUCCACCGGGUGGUCCAGUGGCGGUGGGAAUCGAAGGAGCAGCAGCGAGCAGGAACAAGUAUCCCCAGCGUCCACCGGAUCCGGUACGAGUGACCGUUAAUGCGCCUUCCUCACAUCAUCCGGGAAAUGCAGGUUUUCCACCACAAGUCGCACCACAGAUGGCAGCGGGUGGUGGUGGAGGUGGUGGUCUGUUUUCAUCGAUUAAAGGUGGUGCGGGUAGUUUUCUCAAGAACUUGAAGGAUACUUCCUCCAAAGUGAUGCAGACGGUACAACAGAGCAUCGCCCGGACGGAUCUGGACAUAAGUUACAUCACGCAACGAAUCAUUGUGAUGCCAAGCCCGUCGGAGGGGUUAGAGUCCGCCUACCGCACGAAUCACAUCGAUGACGUGAAAGUAUUCCUCGACAGCCGGUACCAGCCGACAAAGCUAAGCGUGUACAAUAUGGGCCCGAGGAACACCAGUCCACGGUUGCCCCCGCCAGUGCGGACAGUUGAGGCUGGCUUCAUCUAUGCGCCAGUGCCGCCCCAAGCGGGAAAGGCACCGCUGCUCAAUGGGCUCUAUUCGCUGGUGGAAGAUAUUUACGGCUUUCUGAGUGCCGAUCCCAAAACGAUCGUCAUCAUCCAAAGUCCCGAUAGUGGCCGUGCACUGGCGGCCACGGUGGUUUGCGCACUGCUGAUUUACGCGGCGCUGGUAACGGAACCGGAGGACGCCAUGCAGAUAUUUGCCAUCAAGCGUACACCCCCAAACAUGCGUCCAUCCGAGCUGCGUUAUCUUUACUAUCUUGGUGACAUUGUCCGUUCGGUGCCGCAUCUCCCGCACUACAAGCCGGUGACGCUGGUUUCGUUGGCCGUCUCGCCCGUCCCACGCAUGACGAAGGCACGUGACGGAUGUCGGAUGUACGUGGAGGUAGCCACUGCCGAUCGGACCGUUUUCUGCACGCUACAAGACUACGAACGCAUGAGAUUGUAUCACUCGGCGGAAGGCAAGAUCGCCCUCGCAAUGAACGUGACCGUGUGCGGGGACGUAACGAUCACACUUUAUCACGCACGUAACGCUCUCGGUGGUAUGGGACGUCCACAGGGCUUGAAAAUCUGUCAGCUACAGUUCCAUACCGGCUACAUUCCCGAGGAGGAGACGUUGAUUAACUACGACCGCAGCGAACUGGACGAGAUGCCCGAUCUGGAGCACGUUCCGCAGAAGUUUUCCGUAGCACUGAGCGUAUUCGUUGGUGACUCGGAGCGUCCACCGUCCUCUCAGCCUCCGUGGCGUGCGGCCAAGGGACAACGUGAUCCACGCAUCUUGUUCGCCAGCCAGCUCGAGUACGAGGAGAACGUUGACAAUUUUGUGACGAAACCGAAUCGGAAACCAUCGGGAUCCUCGGUGGCUCCGCAGAAGCCACCUCCACCACGCCCGGCACCGCCUUCCCCGCAGCCAGCCCAUCGGGUGCUCGGAGAAAGUUCACCGGGCCGCUCUUCCUCUCCGAGUGCCGGAGCGCCGGAGGUGAGUGACGAACACGAGCGAGAGGCGGAUCUCUUAAACCUAAGUAAAUCUAGUCAAGCAGCAGAUGGAGGAGGUCAGCACCCGCCGCCGGUGGUUGAGGAAACGUUUGAUCUUCUCGGUGGAUUGGCCCCACCGGUGGUAGAAGCUCCGUCCGGCGAUGCAAGCGCUUCCAGAGCAAAGUCCACCGCCGUCCUGGACGAUAUCUUCGGGACGUUUGACGACGGUGGUGCGGCGAGAGCUGGCGGAACGCUUCCGGCCACAAAAUCCAGCAGUGACUUGAACGGGCUGAACUUAAACUUUGACCACUUUGGCGGAGUGGCGCAACCGGCCAGUGGCCCUUUCACAAACGGUGCGGGUCAGUCGGAUGGUGGGGCGAGCAACGCAAACAACGGCUUCGGUUUCGACGCAUUUGCCGGAGUAGGACCGCAGGUGUUCUACAACAGUGCCGCAGCACCACAACCGCAACCGUCACAGCCCGCCGCCGCCGCCGCCGCUCCCGGCGUUUCACAGUCGAAGGAUCCGUUCGCGGACAUCGGCAACCUGGCGGCGGGUCUUACUGGCAGUGCUGGUGGAGCGGGUUCGGCGGGAUGGGCGGGUGGAAACCGGCCCGGCACAACGCCAAGCCCUCGCUCGACGCAGUUCUCCAGCCCAACGCAUCAGUACAGUGGAGCUAGCACGGCAAACCCAUCGCCGAGGGCUCCGUCGACACCGAACCAUCAGAUGCGCAGCCCGAACGAUGGCCAACCGCAAAGCAACCGACCCGAUUACAGCCGGUCUCACUUUGAGCCACCGAAGAACGGUAGCAAUGGAAACGGCGCGAAGGAAGGUCUCGGUGGUGGACGGUCUGGCGAUAUAUUCGGCGAUAUUCUUGGCCAGCAGGGCUACUCGUUCGGGAGCACCAAAAAUCAGGGCCCGCGCACGAUGAACGACAUGCGCAAGGAGGAGCUGGUCAGAGAAAUGGAUCCGGAACGGGUCAAACUGAUGGAAUGGACGGAAGGCAAGAAGAGCAACAUUCGAGCGCUUCUCUGCACGGUGCAUACCGUCCUGUGGCCCGGUGCAAAGUGGACAAAGUGUGAAAUGCACCAGCUCGUCUCGGCAGCCGAUGUAAAGAAGAUCUAUCGAAAAGCGUGUCUGGCUGUUCACCCGGAUAAGCACACCGGUACGGAAAACGAAAGCAUGGCGAAGAUGAUAUUUAUGGAGCUGAAUAACGCCUGGACUGAGUUCGAAAGUGACGCCACGCAGCAGAAUCUGUUCGCUAACUAAAAGCUAUGCUCCCCUCCAGGGCAUGGAAAGGCGCCGGCAAUACUUAUCAAUACUAGCAACCGAUGGGGUAGGUGAUAAAUAGCUCGCUCUUUUGGUGUCUCGUGCAAACACGAGGAAACAUCACAUACACUCACACAAAAUGCUACGUACUUUUAUCCACGAAUGGUUUUACGAUGUGCAUAUUGUAACCGUUCGAAGACAGUUUACUUCAAACCUUAGCUACCUUCCUCCACAUCCCCCUAAAAAAAGACGGUUAGUGAAACCAGAAGCAGUUGGAUGGAAUGGAUACGCGCUGUAAGCGAAAUGAAUAUAGUUGAGAUAAAUACGUUGCUGAAAAGGUCGUUGGAAAUGGGACGAAGGCAAAGGACUGAGGGCGGUAAUGAUUCAAGCGAAGCGAAUGUGAUAAUUUGACCCGCUUUCCCUAUUCCACAUUCAUGAAAUCCUAUCCAUUCUUAUCAACGAAAGUGCAUUUUUAUACAUCACAAAGUUCCAUGAAUUUAUUCGCUGUUAUUUAUUAGCUUUGUUCAAUUUCUGUUUUGAGACUAACGAGGAUUUUAAACAGAAAUGUGUCACACCUUGGUUAGUAUCCACCAGGCGAUAGUUUAGCUAGCAAUUCGUAAUUUCCAAAUGCCAAUUGCUCAAACGUUGCUAUAAAGCUCUUUUAAUUUUGACCUUACAAGAGGAAGCUUACUCGCCCGUUCGUAAGGUGUAUAACAUAUGCAGGCAUUAAGGAAGGCUUUCCUUGUUUCCUGACUAGGAACUCAGGAAAUUGGACCACCAGGUUUUUGGUUUCUAUCUUCCCAAUCAUUGCAUUACCAUUCUGAUGGUACUCGGACUUUUGGCUGAUCCUUCCUUGUUUAAAGAUAAUAAAUUCCAGUUGGUUUUUACCAGCUAAGUGUGUCCACCUUUUAGAAAAUGUUUGUUUUGGGAUGUGUUACAAAUUUUAAACAUGUUACAAGUCGCAUUAGAUAAGAUGGCGAGUGGUCAUUACGUAUCACGACAGAUCAAUUAACACAUAGGAAACACAUUAAAAAUACGCCCACUCCCAGAAGAUGGAAAACCGAUCGUGUCUAUGCUAUUUUGUUAGGACAGCUCAGUUCCGAUGGAUUUUAAUCGUUCUCAAACAUAAUUCACAUGGUAUAACAAAAACAAAUGCAACUUAAAAUAUCUCUACGAAUAAAGAGUAAUAUUAUAUAAACUUUAACGUAGAACAACAACAGAUAAGCUACACAUAAAACGAGCAUGUAGAAUUAAAAACUCCCAAUGAACGGUUAUUGGCAGCGUGCGCUGCCUGCUUGUAGCCCCACAUUGUUGAUUGUUGAAUGCAAUAGGUGUAAUAAGUCCGUAAAUUAUUCUCUACGCUAACUCUAGUGUGCAACACAUACACAGCAAUGUGUAUACGUACGCCAGGAUAUGUACAUUGGGAUAGGAAUGAAACGAUGAUGUUAUGUAGUGCUGCUAAAAACCAAUAGUGAGAGAAAGGAACAAACAGACACACUCGUGGAAAUGUACACGGCACUAGGAAAGUAGACUAGUAGGAAAUCGGUAGACGCGCAAGUGUGGGGCGAAUGGUAAGACCACCAGAUUAUAACAUAUUAACUACGCAUGGAAGGCAGCGUUGAUUUCAAACCGUAAAUGUUAUGAACAAUGUAAGGGCUAAGUAAUGUUAGAUGUGAUUUUUGUUGUCUUAAAAAAACACCCUGCGUCUUAGAAGCGGCGGCACGCGUUGGCCAAAGGGUUUAGGCACCCUGGCAAAGCCCGAUGGAUGUGAUGUGAUGGAUGAAACGCUGAUAUUUUUAAAGGAUGCAUAAUCCAAUCCGAAUUGUUUGCCCCCUGUUCCUGAUCACCACUUCCGGUGGGAUCCGUAGCGAUUGAUGAUUUGGGUUGAUUAUGUAAAAUAUGGUACCACCGUACUCCCAGAAUCCUCCUCCCUGCUCGACAAGUGCGGGUUAUGGUGUAAUGAUUUUGCGUCAAUGAAGAAACCUUGCAACAAUGCGUUACCACAUUAACACAGGAGCAAUCCUAUGGCAAGUACUAGCGUAGCGGAAAGGAUCGGCCGUCCUCGCGCUAACGCCUGGGGGUUAUUCAAUUUUGCGUAUGGCCUUUAGGUGUAGUAUGGUGACUAUUACAAGUCAAAGCAAUCAGAGAGGCAAGGGUUUCGGUUCGAAUCGGAGGAAAUGCAAGUUAGUGAAUGGCAUCGAGAGCAAAGCAAUAGCAGUCUGGUACGAUUGAGGCAUGAUCAGGCAACUGGCUUUAUGGCGAGGUCUUGUUGGUCGGGUGAAGAAGCAGACGGCAUAUGGAAAUAUAGAGCAAUCAUUAGGGUGUGGGAGCUGCCAACCCCCGGGCAGCGGGUUGGUGCAAAUUGGAAGAUUUCUACUCGUGUCCUCCGGUGGCUUGUCCCAAUCCCGCCCCCGCCCCGCUUUAACUGGAUGGACAUCUAUACUCUCGUGUAACCUUGUUUUACGUUCCAUAGUUUUUGAUAGCUUAGCAACGACUUAUUACUAUUUAAUUUUAAAAUAGCUCGGAAGCGCACGGCGGGUGAAAUCGAACUGCAAACGAGUAGAGGAAUGGGUGAACGCCGUUAAGGGAUGAAAAAUGAAACAUUUCCAGAAUAUACAACUAUUGUUACAUGCAAAACUAGUAUGCGAAUGCAUGAUAAAUGAAUUCACUUUCCACUCGUACUCGUAUACACACAGGCUAUCAGACAAAAAAAGUAAAGAAAUAUAUUAUAUAUAUAUA